CCACCUUGUAUUGUACUGUAGUGCAGUGCAGUUCAUCCUGGACCGACCACGGUUAUGCUGCCAACGGUCCCCUCUUUAUUUUAUUUUUCCUUUUCCCUCACACAACAACGCAUACAUCGCUCUUUGGGUGCAUUUUUUUCCUUCCUUUUGGGCCUCAUCAGUUGCUUUUUCUUCUCCCUCGUCCAAACACACACCCCUCUUUUUUCCUGUUUCUCUUACGACACACUGUCUCUCAAGCAACCGCAUAUCCAAUCUCGUUGCUACUGCAGCCCACCAUCGAGGAUCUAUCUCGCCCACUGCAACCCCACCAAUCGCACCUUGGACACGCCUCGAAUACAACGCAUCAGUUUUGGCCCAGCACCAUCUCAUUUGCUCUCGCGGGCACCGUUGCCUUCCCACCUCUCCCUCUGAAAGCACAGGGCGCAAUCCGAAGCGCAUCGCACCACAAAUUGCCCGCCUUCCCUAUAUCCCACUCCCUCGCCUUGCCCAACUUGGCGGCGCUGCAACUCCACAUCGCCGUCUUUCCAGAUCACGCUAAUCCUCUUUCUCGCUACUCUCACGGUGCCGCGUCGUGGUCGUGUCGUGUCCCACACCCAAGAGGGCAAAGGAAAAAAGCCUGCUUCCAUUACGCUGGCCCUAGGCAUAUCGACUCGCUGCCAUCACCACCCCCCUCUUCCUCUCUUGGCCAUCCUACCUAGCACCUUCACCAGCUCAAUCUCACCUCCCCGCGUGACUUCGAAACUUGACCGUAGCAUCGGUUUCGCCUGCCAUUUCUCUGGAACAGGCCAAUUGACGUGCUGCUCAGCCUUUACACGCUGCUGUCCCAUCCCGUGGCCACAGUUUUUGUCUUGGACAAUAAUAACUGACACCCCUCCUCCAUCUCAUCCUUUGCUUUCCUUUCUCCUUUUGCUCCCCUCUUUUCGUCUGCACUGCCAAAGUUCUCGAAACAUCACCAAUCUUUCCUGAAUGGCUUCAGCAAAACCUUCGACCGUCUGCUAAACUUACGUCGUCGCCACCGGCGAGUGCUGCUUCUGAUCAUGUCGCCCAGCAAUGUGUCCACCACGCACCUCGCCGUGCCCGAGAGCAACCGCUACUUCCCCAGCUUCUCUUUACGAUCUCGAAAGUCAGAGUUCUCACUCUCGCAACUUAAAACCACCCAGGAGCAGGCACCGGAACCACCAAAGCUUGCCAAGCGCGAAUCUCGACUUGGUCUCCGUCGCAUGUUCAGCCGAUCCAAGCUAAAGCCCGAAGACUCUGCGCCCCCUCCUGUGCCACCAGUCCCAGUCUAUACCGAACGUACUUCUCUCGGCGCAUCUCGAAGCACUGUCUACUUGAACCAACCCAACCCAUCCGAAACCGCACUCUCAGUCAUGUCUGGAUCUGCUGCUGCUGCCUCCGAUACCAACCUGCCUGGCACCUCCCGCACCUUUGGAUCCAUCGGACGCGGCUCAAGACGAAGCUUUAUGCCACGUCCCUUGCUCGGAGGCAAGUCCGCAGCUGAUGAACUUGAAAUCCCAGCUCUGUAUUCAGCGUACCAUCAAUCUAUCCGCCAAGCAACCCUUCAGGCCCCUACGAUAUCUGGAGAUGCAGUGCUAAGCCUGCAAGAGGCACCAAGCUCGCAGCCGCAGGACGGCGAUGUGCAGGAUGACACCUCUAGGCUUACCAAGCGAUCCAAGGACAAAGCCAAAAAGGGAGAUGACAAGUCGUCACCUUUUGAAUGGACAAGCAAGAUCUAUCUUCUUACAACGAGCGCCAACCUGCUCCAAUAUACCGCCGACGGUCACUAUGAGAGAGUCCCUGAAAGAGUUUUGAAGCUUACCGCCAACUCUGCCGCUUUUGUUACGGAUUGUAUCCCAGGAAAGCACUGGGUACUUCGUAUCUCGGCAGACGUUCUCACUACACUCACACCAGAUCCAGCUUCAAUGGUUGACCACAGGUCGUUGUUUAGCAAAGAGCCCAACCGCCGUGCCUCCAAUUUCCUAAUGGUUUUCGACAAUGCCGAUGACAUGGAUGGAUGGAUUGUUGCUGUGCGCUCUGAAAUCCUCAAACUGAAGGAUGCUGAAACGCAAGAUACUGUUGGGGAGCGCCAAAUCCGAGAGCGUGCUAGUCAGCGCACGCUCACAGCCCGCGACUUAUCGCGCCUUGAGAGCAGCGAAACCGUUCAAUGCUAUCCCACUUCUGAGCGCAAACAGUCCACUGCCGCCAUUACCGUUUCGGAUUAUGACAAGACCAAUGAGCAAUGCCUGGACGAUGUCUCUGUCACAAAUAGUGUCGUAUCCCAGGAAGGACAACAGCUCGAAAGCUUACGGGACAGCAACCACCGCCUCUCUGUCAUGUCGACUAGCCAAGACACAUUUGGCACAUCGGCUGCAUCAAGCCCCGCUACAUCUCCAACUAUAGAAAGCUUCCCUCGACAAUCUGAUGAUGCACACCGCAAAGAGUCCAUCAUAGAUAAAGCAGUUGAAAUGGUCCGGCAAUCCAGCAGCGGUAGCUACAAUGCAUCCCCGGUUCAGCCAGUUGCGCCCUUUAUGGGACUGCCAGAGAUUCACCCUUCAACGUCACCACUCUAUACCGCACCUCCUCCAGGUCCCCUCACUACACCCAAGGCUGCUCUUAACGUCCCAAUGUUCUGUAAACCAACUCCACCUGUUCCUGAGAUGCCAAUCUCACCACCAAGAGAAAACUUGGCACGCAGAAACUUCCGCUCAAAGCCGCCAACGUCACUCAAGGAUUCACGACCCCUCUCAGUCGUUGCGGAUUGCCCAUCGCCUCAGGUUGUCCCCUCCGAAACGAUGGGUGGCCACUCGCAGUUCAAUUCGCUGGCGUCAUUCAAGCCUACAUUUAAGGGUCGAUACUCCAUCACCCCCAAGGCAAUCCCCGCCCGCCAGGCAAGCAUGUCCACAAUAAUCCAAGCCAACAAGCAGCUGUCCCGAAGCUCAUCGCACUCUCACCUGGACCGCCUCGCUCCGAGAACGCCAAACGACGUCGUCUCUCUGCAGACGGAUGACCUUGCUGGAGAAGCCAACCAAGAACUCAAUGCACUAUCGUCUUAUACUUGGAAAAACGGCCGUCGCCCAAGUCUCGUCCCUUUUGAGGAAGAAGGCUCACGCCCAAGCAGCAGCCAUUCGGCAGCACCACCUCCACCACCUCGCGCACCUCCACCUUCAACACCUCUCCCUCCUAUCCCAACCUCGACAGGCGCUUCCAACUCGGCACUGGGCCAGCGCAAGUCGCUCUCAGUACGUCGCAGCAUGCCUCAGAUUAUCGUCUCGUUGCAGGCUCAGGGCCCUCGCGCCUCACGAAUGAUUCCAUCUGUUCCCCAGAUGUAAACGCCUUGAACAUAUUGCAUACGCAUAGCAUUGCUGCCCAACAGCGCAGUAGAAUUUCACGAACACACCUCUAAAAGAUCUCAAUGACAUGAUCAUAGA